ACAACUACCCAAAAAACAAAAGGAGAAGAAGAAGAGCACCGUCGGUUUGUGGCAGCCAUGCUCCGUAGUUAGCAACUUAGUUUAUUUCCUGUAUAAAACAUUGAUUUGAGUCCGUGACGAGAGACAUGAGCGUCUCCUCAGCAGCGGCGGAUCUCACGCUGAGGUCAGAUCUGCACUUUGUGUCCGGAGUUUGUUUCUGCACGGAAACUGAGAGCGUUAGCCGAGGCUAGCAUCACAAGCUAACCUGUCAGUGGACUGCUGUCAGUACGUCAGACACAGCUGCUCUGUGCUUCUCUGCGCCUCCGGGCACACCAUGCUCCUAGACCCCAAAGCGGCUGAAGAUUGAUGCGUUUGACCACGAAGCUGCCGUCACCGCUGCUGCCAUGGGAACGACGACGAGCGAGCCAUGUAUCUACGACAAACUGUCCGAGAGCAUAGACAUCCUCCGCCAGUCGGGCUACCGCUACGGCAUGUCGGAGAGGGAGAUCGAGAGGUUCAUCAAGCAGGUCCUGGAGACCAACGAGCCCAGGAGAGAGCCCCCGCAGUUCCCCAUCCUGAGAGCCACCAUCAAGUUUGUGGUGGCAGUGGGCCUCCUGCUGGUGGUGGUGCUGGCCUUCACCUACCCUCAGACUUCCCCCCAGCUUGGUCUGGUCAACCUGGGCUGCUACAACUGGUCGUCGCCCCUCAGCCACGUUCGCCUGUUGUCUCUGCCCAUCGCCAAGAAGUACAACCUGCAAGGUUUCCAUGAAUGGUGGAGCGCCGGCUCGCUCAGGCACAGUCUGGUGAACUGUUCGGGCUGUGCAGAGAUCUCCUCUGUGCUGGAGGUCCCAGAAAGCCUUAGAGGGACGGUGAAUCUGCGACGGGGGCCACAGCUCGUCCUGCUGAAGGGUGGGGAGUCUCUCAGCGUCCAGCGGCAGCAGCUGGAGGAGCUCUACUUGGCCCAUUCAGGGUCCAUGUCCAUUCUGCUGGAGGAGGACGACGGCCUGCAGAACCACAACUUCGGCCUCCCUCAGGGACCCGCCAACUUCACCCUGCUCUGGAGGUUCAGCUCUGGAACCAGGGAGAAGGUGUUGAGGUGGCUCUUCCCCAAGGCGGAGCUCUGUCCCCUGCUGGACAGUGCGGGGACCAUCCUGCAGCGGUGCCUGGUCACCCACAGCACAAACUCCCAGAGCAAGGGCGUCAGGGUGCUGGGCUGGCUGGUGGUGGGUGAGGGGCUGCCCACAGUUCGAGUUCUGCCUGUUCAUCGCUGUCAGAAACACUGCAGCUCCUUCAACCUGUGGCUCACACCUGGAGACAUGGUGUACGCUGACCCUCGUUACUGGCAGAUGGAGCUUUUCCCCGGCCGAGGCCAGAACAUCAUCUGUGACGGAUCGACCUUUUAACUUCCGGGCGGAGCGCAGCGAAGGAGGACAGAGUUGAGGACCGGGAACACGCAGAUCAGCUGUGAAUGUUUAAGACUUCCUGCAGAGGCGUUUCGGAGCGCGUCGGCCUCUGUGCGGCCCCGUCCACUGAUGCCUUAUAACCCUCCUGUCUUUUACCCAUCUAGUAAACCUGGGGGAACUCCUCAGAGAACUGGAGACCACCGCACACAUGACUUCAUUUAGGAAAAACUGCAGUUCCUACUUGUUUAAAGAGUGGAGGUCGGACGUUUCAUCCAUGUGAACAACACGUUAGUGAACUCUCUGCAUUAGCAGCUCUGAUGUCCUGCAUGUGCUUUUGCCAUAGCUUCAAGCAGAACUCAAGAUAAUAGGUGUUUCUCUUUUUCAGAAGGUAGUGGAUCACCUUUUAAAUCCCCACGCACAUCACUGAUCCGUCUGAUCUGCUGUCGUGUCCAUUUACAACCGUUUCCAGUUUAAAAAAUCCUCAUCAAUCACAGCGUUGUAAUGUGAUUGAGAAAGUGGAUGUCAUCUUUUUGUCUGUUAAGCUCUGCACCCGAACAGGUUGUUGGAAAUAACAAUGUCGACUGGACGGAUACGAAAUAACCACUUCUCCCAAACAGAGAAUAUCACGAACACCAUGUCAGACUCAAGAAACAUGUUCAGUUUGAGGGUCAAUGCAGCUGUUGUUAUGUUUCCAUCGUGUAUUUCCUAAUUGAAUUUAUUCAGGAAGUUUAGAACCACAUGGAGCUCAGUAAGAACCCACAGCUCACUUUUUGUCCCUGGCCUCUAAUAACUUAAUUAAAUUAGUCCGAGCAUCAUGUUCAUUCACUCUGAACUUUCUGGGAAUUGAUUGAUUUUGGCAUCAGGAAUUUCUAAUGACAUCUUAAAACAGAGCUGGAUUCGACCAAGUCCUGCUGCAAUGAAAAGAAUCCCCUGAAGCUCGAACAGUUUUUCCACAGGACUCGACCUGCAAACAAAAUGUUAGUAUUUCUACUUUCUAAACCAUGAAAGUUUUAUAUUUGUAAUUAUUAUUACUGUGCCACCUCACCUUCUGCUCUUUAACUGGUUCCUCGUGUUAAAAGGGCCAGUUCACCCAGCUGAGUCUUCUCUACUGGUUUCCAGAACACUCCGAACUUGAUCACACACAAAAGUAUUUUCCACAGAGAAAUCAGUAAUUAAGCUCCUAUUUUAGUUGUUAAAUUUAGAGCUUUAAUUAUUAGUCAAUUUAUUAAUUAUCCAUUAAAAGGACAAAUGUGUCUACAAUAGAACUACAACAUUCAGACUCAAAUAAUAUCACUGGAGGAGUUUUGUUCUGUUAUGUGGGUGAACUGAACCUUUAACAACAACUUACAGCUCAAACUCACAACACAUCACAAACCCAGACAUAUUUUAUAGUUUAUUUUCCUCCCACAUGUUGUUUAUCUGCUUAAGAUGUUUUUAAUUUGGAGAUUUUAUGGACAAAGCUGCUUAUCUAAUUUCAGUGUAAUUAUUUAUUGUCAUGAUUGUAUAUAUGUUGAAGCCAUUAACUAUAAUUAAUAAUGUGUUGUAAUAUUAUUAUACUUGUGAUUAUCAGGACAGAGGUUAACAGGUCAUCUCCAGCAGACUCUGAGAAAACAAUAAUCCAUGAAGAAGCAGAAGAAAUAUUUUGUGCAUGAUCAGGGUUUUUUCACGGUGUCGACAGGAGUCUAUGAUAAAAUCAGUUUGCCAAAGUAAAAGCCUGUCAAAUCUGAAUUUCUGUGUUUUAGAGACGCACGCCCUCGUUUUGUUCAGGUUUCCAAACGCCACUUCUGAGAACAAAUCAGGGGUGAAUCUCUAAAAUUGUUCGCUUUGCAUAGAAAUGUCAUAGUUUUAUGAGAAAAUUAAAAGUCGCUGUAUUUGCUUCCA